AUGGCUCCAUCUGAAGCAGAAGCUGUGUUCAAGAUCAUGGACUCCAUGUCCUCUGAUCAAAACUGGAGAAUUUCCCAUCCUAACCCUUGUCAGCCAGGCUCAUCCUGGCCUGGAAUUGAGUGCAAAGUAGGAAACGACAACUACCUACACGUCUCCAGGCUUGACUUUGGCACCCCACCAAAUCCAACUUGCAAAAAAACAGCUACAUUUCCUUCACAAAUCUUUGCUCUCCCAUAUCUUCAAUCUGUGUUCUUCUUCAAUUGUUUCACUCACACCAAAACCACUCUUUCUGUUCCACAAAACAGAGCCUCCCCUGCUUCAUUUCAACAGCUCAGUCUCCGAUCUAACCCGGCACUCGUUGGCCCAAUCCCACCUCAAAUUUCAACACUCAAGUCCCUUGAAAUCCUCACGUUGUCUCAAAACCGCCUCACUGGCCCAAUUCCAUUGGAGAUUUUCAGCUUGGGCAGUUUGGUACACCUUGAUUUGAGCUACAAUAUGCUCACAGGCACUAUCCCAUACCAGCUGGGCAGUCUCAGAAACCUUCAAGGCCUUGAUUUGAGCUACAAUAUGCUUACAGGGCCCAUCCCAAACACAAUUGGCCAACUGGGUUUGCUUCAAAAAUUCGACUUCAGCUCAAAUUCACUUACUGGGGGCAUUCCUGAUGGCAUUGAGAAGCUCAGUUUAUUGGUUUUCAUGGCUCUGAGCAACAACAAAUUGGGUGGGCAAUUUCCAAAAGGUCUGGAAAAAUUGCAAAGCUUGCAGUAUUUAAUUUUGGAUGGCAACCCAAUUCAUACACCUCUGCCACUAGAGUUCGGUAAGUUGGUGAAACUUCAAGAACUCAGGCUUGCUGAUUCUGGGUACUCUGGCACAAUACCAGAAAGCUUUUCACAGCUUAAGAAUUUAAGCACUUUGUCGUUGCAGAACAACCGUUUAACUGGUGAAAUUCCGGUUGGUUUUGGCAGUCUCUCACAUAUAUACCACAUGAAUCUGAGCAGAAAUAUGUUGGGGGGUGUUGUGCCUUUCAACUCAAGUUUCUUGAAGAGGUUGGGAAGAAAUUUGGAUCUUAGUGGAAACCCAGGUCUUUGUUUGAGUCCCUCUGAGGCACACAGUUUGAAGAUUGGAGUUGAUGUUUGUGGAAAGAAUAACAAUGCGUCUUCUAUCCAGCCCUGGAAGAAAUCUCAAGCUCCAUCUGGGCUCUCCAAGCCAUUGUUCCUAUUUACUGCUUUAUGUGUUUGGGGAUUGCAUCAAAUGUUGUCUCUGGUAUGA